AUGGAAGGCCGUGGAGGGCUGUGGAGGGCCGUGGAGGGCCGUGGAGGGCCGUGGAGGGCUGGGCCAGGCCGUGGAGGGCCGUGGAGGGCCGUGGAGGGCUGUGGAGGGCCAUGGAAGGCCGUGGAGGGCCAUGGAGGGCCGUGGAGGGCCAGGCAGCACCUCCCACCACCCAGCCCCUGCCUCAGGUGUGCUGCCCACAGGUACCUCCCGGUGCUGGGGCACACGGACGGCACACUGUCGGUGCUCCACCUGCGCACCUCCAAGACUGUCUUCCGCACGGAGGCGCACAGCCCGGGCCCGGUCACCGCCAUCGCGUCCACCUGGAACAGCAUUGUGUCUUCAGGCGGAGAUCUGACAGUGAAGAUGUGGCGCGUGUUCCCCUACGCCGAGGAGAGUCUGAGCCUGCUGCGCAUCUUCUCCUGCUGCCACCCGGCUGUGGCGCUCUGCGCGCUGGGCAAACGCAUCACCGUGGGCUUCGAGGAUCCCGAGAGCGCCACCUAUGGCCUGGUGCAGUAUGGCCUGGCCGACAGCCCACGCUGCGACCACCAGCCCCAGGACGACCCUCAGGACCACAUCACUGGCCUGUGCUGCUGCCCCACGCUCAAGCUGUAUGCCUGCUCCAGCCUGGACCGCACCAUUCGCAUCUGGACUGGGGAGAACCAACUGCUACG